UUCCUCUCCAGACGAAGAUGAAAGGCGGCGGCGGCGGCGGCGGCGGCAGGGGCCACCACUGGCAAAGUUAAGCGCGAGCUGUGACCGCCAGAAUCCCGGGCGCAGAUGGAGGCCCUGGAGUGGGACGCGCUGAGGAACGGCAGCCUCUUGCCCACUCUGAGCCCGGCUGUGCCUCCGUACGUGAAGCUGGGUCUCACCGUUGCCUACACCGUCUUUUAUUCGCUCCUCUUCCUGUUCAUUUACAUCCAGCUCUGGCUGGUCCUGCACUACCGGCACAAGAGGCUUAGCUAUCAGACGGUAUUUUUAUUUCUGUGCCUGCUCUGGGCUUCUCUUCGGACGGUGCUCUUCUCCUUUUACUUCAAGGACUUUGUCACCGCAAAUUCUCUCAGCCCCUUCGCCUUUUGGCUCCUCUAUUGCUUCCCUGUGUGCCUCCAGUUUUUCACCCUGACGCUGAUGAACCUUUACUUCACCCAGGUGAUUUUCAAAGCUAAAUCUAAAUACUCACCAGAGUUACUUAAAUACAGGCUACCUCUCUACCUGGUGUCUUUUGUGGUCAGUCUGCUUUUCCUGCUGGUGAAUUUAACGUGUGCUGUGCUUGUGAGAUUAGAGAAUUCAGAAAGGAGGAUAAUUGUAUUGGUCAGGGUUGCUAUAAAUGACACUCUGUUUGUACUCUGUGCCAUCUCACUCUCCGUUUGUCUCUACAAGAUUUCCAAAAUGACCUUAGCAAAUAUUUACUUGGAAUCCAAGGUAAAGUACAUCUUAGCUUUUUGAUUUUUUGUGUUUUUGUUUAGUCUGGGGAAAUAAUUCCAAUGAAGAUAAGUGAAUGGUAGCUUGUUCAAGAAUGGAAGGGUUUUUCUUCAGUGUCUAGUCAAGAUUAAUGCAAGUGAAUCCAACUGAUGGCUUAUUUUAUUUAUUUACAAACUUAUAAAAUCGAUGCUUGUAAUCAGUUUAAAGGCAAU